GUCAGGGUGGUGUAAGAGGGGUGUGUGUGUGUGUGCGCGCACACACACACACACACACACUAGACAUGCAUUAAAUGUAGGAAGGGGUUCUGAGCUUAGAAGUGCACACCUAGGUAGUGAUGGCAGUGAGUAGGUUUUCCCGGGAUGUCAUCCAUUUAGCUAUAGAUAGAAAACCCAAAGCUCCUUAGAGAGAAACCUCUUACCAGCCACUUUCCACAAAUGGUACAUACACCUAAAAGGACUUAGUGAAAAUCCUUGUGAGGUAUUUAAUGCUAAAGCACUCAGUCUUCCUACCAUUUCUCAGAAGCCCACACAUACACCCAGGCAGUGGCGCAGAGAAAGCAGUAUCAGGGCUGCUGCCCCAGGGCUAGGCAGCGUUUUUGCCCCAGCUAGGUUCUGCCAUCUAACAGAUCGCCAAGAUGUGUGACAUGGGGGGACUGGAUAACCUGAUCGCCAAUACGGCAUACCUGCAGGCCAGGAAAAGUGGAGAUGUUGACGCUAAAGAGAUGCAGAAAAGGCGCAAAUGCCUUGUACUGCCCAAAAUUGAGGAGUGUGCUGAGAUCAAGCAGUCCCUUUCUACAGAUUAUGAGAGCAUUUGUGAUCAACAGCCCAUUGGCAAGUAUUUUUUCAAGGAAUUUUUGUACACGGUGCCUGAAUACCUGUUGGCCAGGGACUUCUUGGAGGAAGUGUCCAGCUGGGAGCUGGCAGAGGAUAAUGUCAAGGAGAGCCUCUUGGAGGGCUUGGUCAACAUGUACCUGAAGACUGGGUGCAAUAGCUACCUGAAAUAUAUCAGUGCAGACCUGGCUAACAAGUGUCAGUCACUUGCCAAGGGUGAUUUUCAGAAUGCCAUACAGUUGGCCAAGGAAGAGACAAUUGCCUUCCUUAAAGGAAAACCCUUCGAAGACUUCCGAACCAGCCCAUUCUAUGAUAAGUUCGUGCAAUGGAAAGCCUUUGAGCGGCAACCUGUGAAUGAAAAGCUCUUUGACGAUUUCCGAGUGUUGGGCAAGGGAGGCUUUGGAGAGGUUUCUGCCAUCCAGGUGAGAAAUACUGGCAAGAUGUAUGCCUGUAAGAAGCUGGAUAAAAAAAGACUGAAGAAGAAAGGUGGUGAGAAGAUGGCACUGCUAGAGAAAGAGAUCCUUGAGAAAGUCCACAGCCGUUUCAUAGUUACACUGGCCUAUGCUUAUCAGAGUAAAGCCGCCCUGUGUCUUGUCAUGAGUCUCAUGAAUGGCGGCGAUCUUAAAUAUCAUAUUUACAAUGUGGGUGAAAUAGGCUUGGAAAUGGAUAGGGUCAUCUUCUACUCGGCUCAGAUCACCUGUGGGAUCCUGCACCUUCACUCCAUCAAUAUACUCUAUAGGGACAUGAAGCCAGAAAACGUUCUCCUGGAUGAUGAUGGCAACUGCAGAUUGUCUGAUCUUGGUUUGGCAGUGGAAAUCAAGGAGGGCAAAUCCAUCAACCAGAGGGCUGGAACAAAUGGCUACAUGGCUCCUGAAAUACUAAGGGAAGAAGAUAGUUACCUUUACCCUGUGGACUGGUUUGCUAUGGGAUGCAGCAUUUAUGAGAUGGUUGCUGGACGAACUCCAUUCAAAGAUUACAAAGAGAAGGUGAAUAAAGAUGAGGUUAAAAGAAGAACCUUAGAAGAUGAAGUGAAGUUUGAACAUGCUAACUUUGAUGACCCAUCAAAAGAUAUCUGUAAAAUGUUCUUGGCUAAGAAGCCAGAAAAUCGUUUGGGAAGCAGAUCUGCUGAUGAUGAUCCCAGGAAACAUGCUUUCUUCAAGUCAAUAAACUUCCAUAGGCUGGAGGCAGGACUUAUAGAUCCUCCUUUUGUGCCAGAUCCAUCCGUUGUCUAUGCCAAAGAUGUUGCAGACAUUGCUGACUUCUCUGAAGUUCGAGGGAUUGAGUUUGAUGAGAAAGACAAGAAAUUCUUCAAGACAUUUUCAACUGGUGCUAUCUCAAUCCCCUGGCAGGAAGAAGUUAUUGAAACAGGACUCUUUGAGGAACUGAAUGAUCCCAACAGAGUAGCUGGAGGGGAUUCCAAGUCUGGAGUCUGUUUGUUGUUAUAAAUGUUGCAUCAAGAACACAAAAGGUAGGAAUGCACCACUGAACCUUCUAUUAUUUCAAAGAAGUUUAGCAAGAACUCAAUGACAUCAUGAAGCCAAGCUGAAUAAACUGUUCUCUUCCAUGUGGGACUUUAUUGGAAAUGUUUGCUCUGAAGAAUCAGGAUUCUUUUAAUACCAGGAGAAGGUCUAUCAUGGUUUCUGGGUAAAAUACACAAAACAAUAUUGGUCACUUGGAUUUAAAAUUAUCUUGCUUGGAGACUACAAUUACUUUGGUAAGGUUCCAUAGGAAUACAUCCAAGUUCUUUGUAAAAAGAAUUUACCAUUGGAGUGAGGAAUGAGAUCAUGGAUCUAAGAUCAUUUAAAUUCAGUAGAAAAGUAAGAAUAUUUAUAUUGGUUAAUCCCUUCAUAUUAUGCUACCCCAUAUGUUAAACAUUAAUAUAAUUGUCAAGACACAUUUUUGCUACAUAUUUCAACUUUCUAUCAGGUUUCCUGAUAAUAUCUUUUCAUUUUGAUGAAAGCUGUAGUUUAAAUUAAACUACAAUUCAAUCACACCAGUUUGUAACUGGUCUUUAAGAAGAGAAAUAAUACAAAUGCUAUAGGAAUGAUCAUUCAGCAAGUAAUGUGAUUAAAACAAGUUAAGUAUUUUUAUAAGUGCUUUCAAUGUGGGAAAAUAAUGUACAUACUGUACAUAUGUAUAACUUAGAUGUUUACUCCUGCUGGUUCUUUUGCAAAGCUUUGUAAAUGUCUCACUUCAAGAAUCUGUUCUUUGACAUUCUGAAACGAUUUCACUGAGGCUGUAAUCCUAAACACACUUACCCUGGAGUAAGCCCCAAUGAACCCAUUGAGACUUACUUCAACUAAAUGUACAUAAGAUUGUGCUAUUAGUCUGGCAAGUCUGUGCUACAAAUGUAGAGAUACUGGGAGCUGGUCAACAGUAGAAAACUAUUGUUAUUAGAAAGCAAGUGCUUGAGGUUGUAUUUGCAAAUUCAAGUCCAUGGAGCACAUUUAUACAAGGUAUGGUUUGUUCAGCUCUUCCCUCCCUAAAUUCUCAAUGAAAUUAUUCAUAUUCAGCAUCCCACAAUGUCAGAGGAAUGUAAAGGCAAAUAUGCAGUUGAACAAAUGGGGGGGGGGGGUUUAUGACCUGAGAAAGCAAAGGACUCCACCUUUAUUCUUAAGAUGUAAAAGAAGAAUUUAAACAGAUGCCACUAAAUAUUUAUCAAGGAUUUUAAUUACCUUACAUAUUGAUCCCUCUUCUGAUAUAAACAUAUAGCUUAAGAUGUUUCUAACUCGGUACAAGAACCUGUUCUCAGGUAAGAAAAUAAAAAAUGUGUAAUUUAAAAUCUUGAACAAAAAUCCCUCUACGUCAGUUUAUUCAUGAGGUUAUCAACUAGUAGUGUGAUUCUAAUUUAGGUCACGUUCUGAUUUUCAUGCAUUAAAAAACAACAUUGGAAAUUAUGUAUAAAUUACAUAUUGUUGGAAUCCAAUUUUUUGUAUAAAGCGGUGUAA